AUGAGUAAUACAUUUGAUCAAGAUUUUUGUCCAGCAUGUGGAACGAUAUUACCAUUACCGGAUGGAUCAACAAUUAUUCAAUGUUUAUUAUGUAGGAAAAUUCAAGAUGUAUCAGUAUUUCAUGGAACACAAUCAACGGUUAAUGUUGAUUUUCAUAAUGAUAAUGAUGAAAGAAAAGAAUCAGAUAGUGGUGAAGCUACCGAAGGAACAUUGAUUGAACGAAAAUGUCCUCGUUGUGGACAUGAUGAAAUGUCAUUUACGACUAGACAAUUACGAUCAGCUGAUGGUAAUCUAUUAGACCUUUAA